AGAACAUAUUCUGAGCCCUUAGGAUCGUCAUGAGAGAUUCCUGCAGUAUUCCAGGAACUUCGUGGUAGCGUUUUGUCGCGCAAGGGGUAUUCUCGGGUGAGUGAACUUCACCUCUUCUUCUGUGAGCACUUGUUGUUGGCAAUCUCUGCCGAACAACGCAAGAUACCUUUGCGAAGACAGGAUGCGAAGGACACCCAGCCCCACAGCUUCCUAUGAAUUGGCCGAGUUUAAUACCAAAUGUUGUUCCCUGCCUGGGAUGCGCCAUUCUCGCAAUCAUGCGAAGUGUACGUGACCGGGUUGGGAUGCCGUACCGUACUGUUACCUGGGCAAGGCGACAUGGCCGACCAUUUGGCCUCCUUCAUGCUUCCACCACGCUCCUCUGACAGUUUAUAUCUUGACUUACAAGCUGGGUUAUUUCCCUGCCUCCCAGCUCAAAGGAGAAUCUUCGGUACGGUUCCUGCUUCGACUCUCCCCUCCCUCUGGCGCACAUACCCACGCUUGUACGGCGCACACCCGCUCGGCAGUUAAUUUCGCACAAAGUUGUCGGUCCCGACCACUGCUUAUGGCUGGAUCCCCGCUUCUUUAGCACCCGCUCUACGCUACGACGCGUCUUCUUCGUGCGCCCCAUCCCCAUAAGGGCGUCCGCGAGUCUUGCGUGGCUCAUUGUGCGAUAGUGAGUGCAUCCUCACACUUCCGCUACUGUUCCGCGAUUGCGCAAGCAGCAUCAUGGCCGCUAUCAUGUAUUACCCACCCAUUCGGCUUUCGGGUCUCUCCACUGUGAAUACAGUCGAGGGUAUCGACCCGAAGUACGCAUCCAAACUUCUCGCGACAUUCCCCCGCGUCGCUUCGAGAACCCCGGGCACAAUGCGACCGCAUGCUAGGGUUGCACAGAUAAAGACUCAGGCUCGUGCAAUCCUCGUUGUUUGUGCUCCAUCUGUGCCUACGUCGUUUCAGCCGUGGAAGAGUGCUGUGCUUGCGCUCUGGUCCGACACCCUCUGCCUCCGAAGACACAUUUACCUGCCUUCCCUGUUCUUAAUCGGUCUUCGUGCCCCGGAAAAUCAACUGCGCUCCCCCACUCCCGCUCUCCUCGACAUCCAACAACCCUGUUUCUGCGCUUCUCUGCUUCGGCUGAAACAUGGGCGGUCCUGCU